UAAAACAAGUCAGUUAUUAAUAAUGAAAGUGGCCGUGGAGUAGCUCUUAAAGUAAUCGCUCUUAGUCCCUACGGAAUUAGGGUAAACAUCGAGUUUUCUCGCGACUCUAUAGAAGUUGCUGUUAUUAUUGUCCCUAGUAGGGACUUCUACAGUUUGCUGAUCUUAACCACUGGAAAGCUUGCACAGAUUUCUGUAUGAGUUCGUUCAUAUUCUUUUUAUAAUUGGAUAUCCUCUUAGGUGUAAUUUAGUACUAGGAUGAAUCGUUGGUCUGUUAUGGUGAAGAGGACCAUGAGGAAAUUAUACAUCUGAAUCAUAUUCCCCCUAAUUCUUUUGUACUGCACAGGUUGGAAGCUUAGAAUUUCCUGCAGAACUGCGUAUGGAUUUUUUAGUCAGAGCACCUUUGUAGCUGCUGUUCUUGGAACGCUUUCGAAGCGAACACUAUGCUUCUUAAAGUAGGAGGAUAACGCAGAUUUUUUUUCAGAUGAAUUUUGAAGUAAACACUUAAAUGAGUUCUCAAUUUUUCCGAGAUUAGGUUUCCUAAUGUUCUGGAAAGAAACUUCAGGACAGAAUAUGGUUUUUUAGCUGGAGAAUGCCAAAGGGAAUAGAAAUUGGGGUACCACACAAUGUUGUCCCAGUCAUUUUACUAUGGUAGGGAGUGUGAUGCAUCUAUCACCCAAGAAUUACUAGGUGGAUAGAGUAUCUGUUGGCGAUGGGAAAUCUCCAAAUACAACUUGUGAGAAAAAAACUAAUAUCGAUUCAAGACUUCAGAAUUUGAGUAUAUGGAAGAGAAAAGCAAUUCAAGUGUUUUCGUGGCCUCCUUAUCAAAAGAUGUAAAGAGUUGGAAAUAUCGUAACAACCAUUCCAAGUUUAUCACCUCAACUCCAAUUAAUUGUCAAAAUUAUCGGAAUAUUUCAUCCGUAAAGCAGGAAUCGAGGAUCUCGUUUUCAAUAAAUGAACGCCUAACAAAUUUAUUAAAUAAAAUUCUCCCUUUAAAAAAGAAAUGGAGCACAAAUUUCCAUCAGUCAUGUAUUGUUUUCACAAAUCUGGCUUCAAAUAUUUGUAAAAUCUUAUCAGGUUCAUCAUCCUUUGAGAAUCAUGAUGAUUUUGUCACUUAUGGAUUGUGCAAUCUAUAUUUAAAUGAUAAUUUAGAACAAAUGACAAAACUUCGUGAUGGUCAGAUUUUGGAAACCUAUUAUGAUAAACUAAAUGAAUGUAUAAAAAAUAUGGAAGAUUGUGGCGUACAGCUAAAGUCUAUGCUAGAUCAAUUGAAUGCUUUGAGAAAUCUAAGUCAAAAUGAAUCAAUUUACCAGCAGUAUGCCACAUGCCAGUCGACAUUAGACUCAUCCGUCAAGAUAAAAAGUGGUUCUACACUAGAUGGUAACAGUUUGUCUACUUUAAAUUCUACUCGCUCACAUCCAUCAGCAUCAUUAAAACAACAAACACAACAACGAAAUUUAAGUGGAACUUACUUAUACGAAGUAUUGAACAUUGAAAUAAAUGGACUAAUCCAUCAAAUUGAACGUGAUUCAAGCAUUCGGAAAUAUUUAGUGAAAAUUAUAUUACCUAGCACUUCACAUUACUUUCGAGUGAAUACUACUGUUCAGGAUAAUUUCAAUGUUGUCCUAUUAAAAUUUGUGUCAAUUUGGCGUCAUUUUGGACAAUAUAUUUCAUGGUUUGCUGUUAUAUCAAUGUCUGAGCAUAUUUUGAAAACUCUCAAAAAUACAGACUGAAUGAAUUCAUAUAGAAUCAUGUAUAUAUUUAUACACCUUUUUUGUUCAAGAAAUGAGUAUAUUAUUUUUGCUGCG